AUGGGAUGGCGCCCGAAGCAUUAUCAAUUAAAUAUUACUAUUACGCGGGAUGCACAAACAUCGUAUUUCGGUAGUGUCGAGAUCUAUGUUGAAGCUACUGAAACAUCCUCAUCGCUAUCUUUGCAUGUUGGUCGUCCAAUUUCCGAAAUUAUACUGCCACAGAUAUCCAUCUAUAAUUGUUAUACAGGUAUUGAUAUUUUCAGGCCAUGGACUGUGACGACUUUUUUCCAACUUCGCAAUGCACGUUCCGUAUUCCCAUGCUUUGAUUUACCGGUCAUGAAAACAACCAUGGAGCUUUGCAUAACACAUCCAGCCGGGACCGAAGCAAGGUCAAAUGAACAGCUGAGUAAAAUUUCGAAUAUAAAUGGAAAAACUGAAUCGUGUUUCGAACGAACACCGCCAAUGAGCACCUAUUUGUACGCAUUUACAAUAUUUGAUCGAAUGAGUUCUCUGAAAGAAGGGCGAGAAAAGUUCGGCGAAGGUCUUCCAGAAAUUGAAGUGUUGUAUUCGGAAGAAGAUAGCAUCAUCAGACCUGAGUGGAUUAAUCGAGAAGCUGCACAUGCUUUAAAAACAAUGUCAGCUAUCAGUGGCUUAAAUUAUCCGUUGAAAAAAAUCAACUUGAUGGCAACAUUUUUACCGGUUUAUGGUGUUGAAAACUUUGGUCUCAUACUUUUGGACGAGCGUUUUGUGGCUUAUCCGAAAUAUCGAUUAGCACACACGAUUCUGGCACAUGAAGUGGCGCAGCACUGGAUUGGCAAUAUUGUUACGAUCAAAAACUGGAAAGAAAUGUGUCUCCAGGUUGGCAUUUCAUUUUAG